CUACUACCAACCACUGCUACUACCACCACUACCACCACUGCGACUACUGCGCGAGUUAUCAGCAACUGCAGCAGCUGCUGCUGGAACAAGCCGCCCUCUCCGCGUCGCCAAAGCGGAGGGUUCCAACGUCGUGCCGACGUCGCCUCCACGUCUCGCCCGCUCCCUCCCUCUCUCCCUCCGCUGCCGUCGCGCUGAGCCCAAGGCGGACUCGGAAGAAGCCCUGCCGAGGACUCGGCGCCCUGCGCUCAAUCUCCCGUGGACAGCCAGCCGGGUCGCCGCGCUUCCCCGACCACCGGCAGCAGCGCAGCCACCGGCCCGGCACGAUGAACAACGGCGGCGGCGGCAACGGGCGGUGCGCCUCGCCCGGCACGAAGCAGCGGACGGGCGCGGCCGGGGAGAAUGGGGUCGCCGCCGAGCCCGCGUGGAGGACGCUGACGCUGGAGACGAUGAACCAGAACGUGCGCGCCCUCGAGUACGCGGUGCGGGGACCCAUCGUGAUCCGCGCGCAGCAGAUCGAGAAGGAGCUGCAGGAGGGCGUCUCCAAGCCGUUCGCGGAGGUGAUCCGAGCGAACAUCGGGGACGCGCAUGCCAUGGGGCAGACGCCCAUCACCUUCCUCCGUCAGGUGCUGGCGCUGUGUCUGUACCCGGCGUUGUUUGAGGACUCGGCACUACCGGAGGAUGCGAAGCAGCGCGCACGGCGGGUUCUUGACGGGUGCGGAGGGAGGAGCAUCGGUGCGUACAGCGCUAGCCAGGGCAUCGAGUGUCUGCGUCAGGACGUGGCGCGCUUCAUCGAGCGGCGUGACGGAGGGAUCGCGUGCGACCACCAACGAUGUCUUCCUGAGCACCGGGCGCCAGCGACACCAUCGUGGUGAGCGGCGGCGGUGGUCGGGAGGUCAACUCGGCGGCGGCGGUGGUCGGGAGGUCGAACUCGCCACCCUCAAGCCCUGGGUCUCUCCGUCUUUGUCUCUCUCUGUCACUCCCCGUGGUCGCGUGGAUUUCUCUCCGGCUCCUGCGGGUUUCCCAUCACGUGUCGCUUAGAGAGUAUCGUCACGUGUCUCUUAGAGAGUCACGUGUCACUUAGAGA